CGCGCCACACUGGGCAGCGCCUGGAAACCAUACUGGAGUUUGGAUUCACCUCCCGCCUACGGAGGUGAAAAUACAAUACAAUACUGCCCUAACUCCCAGGUCAUAUCCGGGGUGGGCAGCCGGCAACCACAGCGGGAGUGGAGGGAGGGGGUGUCCCCAUCUAGGGACGUUGAAAUCGCCAUAUCCGAAUUCCAGGGAAGCUGCGACUUGGGGCAGAACCAUUCUCUGGAGGUGGAGAGGGAGAGGAGAAGCCCUGCACUCGUAACCAGAGCCCAUGGAACCGGCUGGGAUGGCCGCUCGAAUCUUCUCCUUAUUCUGAUUUUUGCGCGCUGCCUCGCCACCAAGAGCUUCCCUUGUGCGCGACCCCCAGUCCCGGACCCACAGGCACCCGCGGCCGGACAGGGAGCAGGAUCUGGAUCCCCAUCCGUCUCGGGACGCCCUGCCCCAGCUCGCCUGACCUCCAAGGCUGGAUCGGGGGCAGAAACCCCACACGCGUCCGCAUUCUCAGCCGCCCGGGGGAAUGCCCAGUUCGUGCCCAGCAACUCGGACGCACCACGGACCCGCUUCAUAUUCCAGGGACCCUUUGGUCCCCGGGCCACUGGCCUGGGGUCUGGAAAGGCGCCGGGCAUCUGGAAGCGCCUCAUCGGGCGCUCCGCCUUUAUUCGGGAUCUGGAGGAAGGUGCCAGGGACCCAGGCGGCGGAGAAGCAGUUCUCCCUGAGCUUGGAGGACUGGGAUCCUUCACCUUGCCCAGGCCCCUCCAGAACGAGAGUCCAGCUGGUCCUGGGAAGGGAGUGCUGAGUACUGGGGGGGGUGGGGUGGGGUGGUGUGGAGAGGAUAUUGGAGGCAGGAAGGGAGCUCAGUCUUCCCCUCCCUUGUUGCUGAGUCUUGUUUUUGAGGGAGCAUUUGGGGAUCGGACAGGAAAUGGUGGGAUGUGGGGUGGGAUAUGCCCCCCCUUUUCCGACACAGCCACAGGCCCUGCUUUUGCAUCCCUGUAUCCUGACCGGCCCCCGAGUCAAGAUCACCCAAGAAGCUGUCAGGUUGAUGAUGUUGAAUCUGCUAGAGGACGUGGGUGUUGCCUUCCCGCUGGGGCCAGCCUGAGUCUUAGCCAGGCCUCCCCUUUAAAUCUGCCCGGAGGGAGAGAUCAGGACCUAAAUACGGCGGCUCGCGUUGGCCAGUCCCUGGCGAAACAGAACUCUCCUCCAUCAGAGGAGAACAGCAAGCUGGAAGCCAUGCUGGGCUCAGCCAGGGAGGAGAUUUUACAUCUCAGAUGCCAGCUGUGCUUGCGAGAUGAUUUCCUCUAGCUCUACUCCGACUCUGAUGAGGAGGAAGAGGAAGAAGAGGAGGAGGAGGAAGAGGAGGAAGAGGCAGAGCAGCAGCACCAUCAUCCCUAUGGAGCCCGUGGGCUGUGAGUGUCCUUUGAGUCGCUACACUACUGCCCCCAGCUGGAAACCCUGCAGGAGCAUCUGAGGCAGCUGGAGGAGGAGAACCAGCCCCUGAGUGAGGAGACCUCUCAACUCGAUGCCCUUGAGGAAGAGGAGCAAGUGCUCAUCCUGGAUUGUGCGCAGCAGUUUUGUACAGGUCUUAGCUGCACAGACUGUGGGUGGGGUGGACAAGGGCCUCCGGAGGGCCAGACUGGUUCCGAGGUCAGCGCGCGGAUGGCCGACCUGUCGGAGGUGCUGGCGCUCAGGACGGAGACCCAAGACCAGCGGCGGAGGGAGGUCACCCAGCUGCGAACCCAGGUCCUGAUGCUGCCGUGCUGCUGCCAGACGUAUGGAGCCCAGAUGGAGAAGUUGCAGCGGCAGUUGGCUUUGGAGAAGGAAAUCCAGAUGAGGCUCCAGGAUGAGGAGGCCCGUCCUGGUUUCCAGGAGACCCUGGACGAGGAGCUCAGAAUAUCUAUAAGGAAGAUAAUCUCAGAUUCUGUGUUUUUUAUGGAAAGGUGCUCUGCUGGGGCCCCCCUCCCCGGUCCCUGCCUGAUCCACACUCACCUUCCCAGAGUGUGGAGAGGGUUUGCUUUUGCUUUCUUUCACUCUUGGCUCCCCACCUUAGCUGCCUGGCCCCUCUACCCCCCUUUUCUCUGUCCAUGUGUGUGGGCCUGUCAUUUCUCCAGGGAUUUUUCCACACUGGGGCCCCAGGGACUUUGCAGGUUCAGCUCAUGUUGUCUUGGGACAGUGAUGGCCCUUUUCUCUGUUGAAGGAGUCACGGGAGAACGGGGGUUUGAGUCUGAGAAGAGGUUAAUGACAGCUGAGGAUUCUGUGCCUUCAGAGGAGCUGGGGGCCACAGAAGAGGGGGUGCCUGCUGUGGACGGGUUGACAGAAGAGGCGGAGCUGGUGUUGGAGGAGGCUGAAGCCUGGGAGGAGGUGGAGCCGGAGCUGGAUAACAGCGUGGUGACCUUGACGUUGGAGGCCAGUGGCUUGGGCCCCUCUCACCUAAGCAUGAAGCAUGUCCUCCAGCAGGUGGCUGACUGGUGGGACUCGGGGUACAGGUGGCAACUUCGACAGAAGUUCCAGAAAGGUGAGAAGGCUUUGCUGUGUCCCAGCAGCCUGCAGAGGCUUCACAGACAGCCUGAGGCCCAUCCUUCAGCUAGCUGCCUGGCCAAGUCCCACCUGCUGCAGAAACCUCCUUCCCGGGGCUCCUGGGUGGCUCAGUGGGUUAAGCCUCUGCCUUCAGCUCAGGUCAUGAUCUCAGGGUCCUCGGAUCGACGGCGCACCUUCUGUCCUGACGAACCUGGGACGAACCUGGGCUGGGCCUUGAGGACCCAAGCCUGCAAGCUUUCUCGAGAUAAGGGGCCCGAGCCCUCGCUGUGCAGCUGGGCCUGGGAUCACGUGCUAGUCAAGGGGGCGGUGGAAGCCCAGGGGGAGGCCGGCCAGUUGCCAGACCUGGCUCUGAGCUGUGUCGGGGCGGGGCGGGGUGGGGCUCGGGCCUGGUGCAGGAAGGUGUUCUGA